UUACUGCAAUAAUUCUGAUCUCUCUCUCUCUCUCUCUCUCUCUCUCUCUUCUCCAAUUCUUGAAUAUUUCUGAGGCACAAGAAUCAUCAUGUCAGAGUCAUCACUGAAGAUGUUAGGGAUAAUAGUAGCGAUCCUGGUGUGUGUUGUGAUCUGGUACUUGUCGGUAUAUUACUUUCUGAAAAAAUGGAAAACAGUUCAAGUGCGUCCUGUGAAUGAACACGGAGGCGGAGAUCAAGAGAUGGCUGCUCUGGAUCAACACGGCCAUGGCCACGGCGGAGAGCCGGCUCUACCGGAGAAUCAUCCUCCUCACCAGGAACCUCACUUUGACGCCAUCGCCCAAGGACAAGCUCAAGAACAUCCUCCUCAUCACCAUGAACACCUUCCACUCCUUCUCGAUGGAACAUCAAAUAAUGCUGAUUCUCCAAGAACUGAUAAAGUUGAGCCGAUUCAAGAUCGAACUCUGCCACCGCUGGAUGAACUGAAAGAAACUACGGUUAACUCUGGGGAUGAAGAUGCCCGUGCCCUUGGAACCUUUGGUUACGAUGCACCAGAAUAUGCAAUGAGUGGGAAAUUGAAUGCUAAGAGUGCUCUAUUACAUAGCUUGGGUGUUGUCCUUCAGAAGCUUUUGGCAGAUCAUGCAUUAUCAAGUGGUCAGCAGAGCCUAUUUUCUAGGGCUUUUCCAAAACACAGGCAUUGUUUAGAUGAGAAACUAGGAGCUGUUGCAAUGUAUGUGAGAUAUGAAGAAGCUGUUUUUUGAACAUUCACAAGCUCUGCAACCUUUUUUGAAUGCAAGACCCUGCUGCUUAUGCACCAAACUAGACUCUCUAUAUCUCCUUCUACCUACUGUAUCUACUCUCUGUACAUUUGCUUGCAAAAACAAACAAACAUGCUUCCCAUUGACCAUUGUUUACAUACAUUUCAUUCAUUUUGUUCAUAAUCCAUGAGUGUUUUUGAGG